AUGGGCAUGUUGAAAACGAACUCCCAAGGUGAUGACAGAGGCUACAGACGAUGGGAGUGCAGGGACAAGGCCCGAGCAGGAGCAGAUUUGGAAAGUCCAGAUGUGGGAGCGAGCUGGCCCCUGCUGUGCCCUCUCUUCUCUCCACAGCUCUCCUCCUUGACACAGGCUCACCAGGAGGCUCUUUCCAGUUUGACCAACAAAGCUGAGGGCCUGGAGAAAUCUCUGAAUAGUCUGGAAACCAGGAGGGCAGGGGAAGCCAAGGAGCUGGCUGUGGCCCAGAGGGAGGCUGAGGUGCUACAGAAGCAGCUGAGCAAGACCCAAGAAGACUUAGAGGCACAGGUGACCUUGGUUGAGAAUUUAAGGAGAUAUGUGGGGGAGCAAGUCCCUCCUGAGGUCCACAGACAGACCUGGGAAUCGGAGCGACAGGAGCUUCUAGAAACCAUGCAACACUUGCAGGAGGACCGGGACGGCCUGCGCACCACAGCGGAGCUGCUGCAGGUGCGUGUGCAGAGCCUCACGCACAUCCUCACCAUGCAGGAGGAGGAGCUGACCAGGAAGGUUCAGCCUUCAGAUGCCCUGGAGCCCGAGUUCACCAGGAAGUGCCAGUCCCUGCUGAAGCGCUGGCGGGAGAAGGUGUUUGCCCUCCUGGUGCAGCUAAAGGCCCAGGAGCUGGAGCACAGAGGCUGCGUGGAGCAGCUGAAGGGACAGGUGGCAGAGCUCCAGGAAAGAGCUGUGGCCCAGAGCCAGGAGCAGGCCAUCCUGCAGCGCUCCCUACAGGACAAAGCUGCAGAGGUGGAGGUGGAGCGGAUGGGCGCCAAGGCCCUGCAGCUGGAGCUGAGCCGGGCUCAGGAGGUCCAGCGCCGGAAGCAGCAGCACACGGCCAUGGCCGAGGAGCAGCUGAAGCUGGUGGCCGGCUCUGUUAGCAGCUUUCAGACCUGGCUCCAGAGCACCAUGGCUGAAGUGGAACGCGCCAUAGCCCAGCUGCCCUGCCUCAGCAGCCGAGUCAGUUAUGCCAUCCGCAGGGUCCACACCAUUCGGGGCCUGAUGGCUCGAAAACUGGCCCUUGCUCGCCUGCGCCAGGAGAGCUGUCCCCCACCCCUGCCGGCCACAGAUGUGAGCCUUGAGUUGGAGCAGCUGCGGGAAGAACGGAACCGCCUGGAUGCAGAACUGCAGCUGAGUGCCCACAUCAUCCAGCAGGAGGUGGGCCGGGCCCGCGAGCAGGGGGAAGCGGAGCGGCAGCAAUUGAGCGAGGUCGCCCAGCAGCUGGAGCAGGAGCUGCGGCGGACCCAGGAGUCCCUGGCUGGUGUGGGGCUGCAGCUGGAAGCCGCUCGCCAGGGCCAGCAGGAGAGCACGGAGGAGGCUGCCAGUCUCCGGCAGGAACUGAUCCAGCAGCAGGAGAUGUAUGGGCAAGCUCUGCAGGAGAAGGUGGCUGAAGUGGAAACUAGGCUGCGGGAGCAGCUCUUAGAAACAGAGAGGAGACUGAAUGAGGCUCGGAGGGAGCAUGGCAAGGCAGUGGUCUCCCUGCGCCAGAUGCAGCGCAAAGCCACCCGGGAGAAGGAGCGGAACCAGGAGCUCAGGCGCCUGCAAGAUGAGGCCCGGAAGGAGGAGGGGCUGCGGCUGACCCAGCGCCUGCAGGAGCUAGAGAGGGACAAGAACUUUAUGCUGGCCACCUUGCAGCAGGAGGGUCUCCUCUCCCGUUACAAGCAGCAGCGACUGUUGGCAGUUUUUCCUUCCCUGCUGGAUAAGGGGAAGUCUGUGGAGUCCAGCCCUCGGGCCCCAGGGUCUUCAGCGCCUGCACCUCCAGCAGCAGCGCCCCCCACCAGGGAGUCCAUAAAAGGAUCCCUCUCUGUCCUGCUCGAUGAUCUGCAGGGCCUGAGUGAGGCCAUUUCCAAAGAGGAAGCUAUCUCUCAAGGAGACAACCAGAACUGUCCUGCACCAGUCUGCCGCUGAGCAGCCGGGCACUCUGCGCAGCUGGGGGCUAAGGGGGGCGGGGGCGGGGAGGUCAGCCAGCUGCCCUCAUGGACACCAGCCACCAAGAUGCCUGUGAAUCCUGUGGCUUAAUAAAGAUGACUACAGUA